AUGGGAGCAAUAUUGGGUGCUCCAGAAGAAGACGAUAUUGUCAACUUGUACUUACAAAUACGGCAGGACCAAGAUUUUCUCCAUGCUUACGAAAAGAGACAGUUUACCGAUACGCCGCUGCACCUAGCCGCCGGCCAAGGACGCACCCAGCUGGCGCUGGAAAUCGAAAGGCUAAUGCCAUCAUUUGGGAGAAUGCUGAACCGAGACGGGUUGACCCCUGUUGACCUGGCCUUGCAGCAGGGCCACCGCGAGACUGUUAGGGCAAUGGUGAAGCUGGAUCCUGAGCUUGUCCGUGUACAGGGGAGAGAGGGCAUCACCCCCCUCCAUUACGCCGCGGAAAUGGACGAUGCCGAUCUAUUGAAAGAUUUUCUUGUGAGCUGCCCGGAUUCAAUCGAGGAAUUGACGGUGCGCGAAGAAAGUGCUGUCCAUGUGGCAGUGAAGAACGGGAAGUUAGGUGCGUUUAGGGUUUUGGUUGACUGGCUGAUCAAGACUGAUGGGACAGAGAUAUUGGACUGGAAGGACUGCAACGGGAAUACUGCUUUGCAUGUUGCCGCUUCCACCAAUCAACCCCAGGUUCGGUUCAUCAUAUCUAUUUUCUAUAGGAGAAAUAGAUUUGGAGAAAAGAGAGAAUGA